UGUAUCGAAGUUGGCGUCACUGCGCAUUUCAUGCUUUCAAAUUCUAGCGGAAUUUUGCAAGUGUCACAAAACUAAAAAAGACAGAAAGCAAUAUUAAGAAAGUUGAAGUGAAGCUGUAAUUAACAAUAUUAAAUACUACUACUACUGCUUAUCAACUGUGAACUAACGAGGCAUUUUAAAAUACCCAAGAACUUUCCGCCCGCUUGAACAAAGUCAACAAAAUGGAAAAUAGUCUAUUUCGUGAUCCGGCACUCGAACGCCAUUUCACGGGACACACGGGUCACAUAACGCAGCUGCGCUUCAGCCCCGAUGGCAAUCAGAUCGCGACCAGCUCACUGGAUGCCACCGUCAUACUGUGGAAUCUGAAGCAGGCUGCUCGCUGUAUUCGCUUCGCGUCGCAUUCGGCGGCUGUUUACGGCGUAAGUUGGUCGCCCAAGGGGAAUUUCAUUGCGUCGUGCAGUCAGGAUCGCACUGUGAAGAUCUGGGAGCCAAAGGUGCGCGGUGUCUCUGGCGAGUUUCUCGCCCAUGGCAAACCCGUACGCAGCGUUGACUUCGAUCCCACGGGCCAAAUGCUGUUGACCGCUUCCGAUGACAAGGCGGUCAAAUUGUGGCGUGUCUCUCGGCGCCAGUUCAUCUCGUCCUUUGCCCAGCAAACGAAUUGGGUGCGUGCCGCAAAAUUCAGUCCCAACGGCAAACUGAUAGCCACCGUUAGCGAUGAUAAAUCGCUGCGCAUCUACGAAGUGGGCACCGGCGAAUGUGUGCGUAUUUUUACGGAGGAGCGGGCGGCGCCACGCCAGGUCGCCUGGCAUCCAUGGGGAAAUAUGGUUGCUGUUGCCCUGGGCUGCAAUCGCAUAAAGAUCUUCGAUGUGAUGAACAGUCAACUGUUGCAGAUGUAUGUGGUGCACUCGGCCCCGGUUAAUGAUCUGGCCUUCCAUCCAAGCGGCAACUUUCUGCUGUCUGGCAGUGAUGAUAAGAGCAUACGUAUUCUAGAUCUGCUCGAGGGCAGACCCAUCUACACGCUGACUGGCCACACGGAUGCGGUCAACGCUGUUGCCUUCACACAGGAUGGAAACAAAUUUGCCACCGCAGGCAACGAUCGUCAGCUGCUCAUCUGGCAAUCGAAUUUGCACACUUACGAUACCUCACAGUUUGAGGAGAAAUCUCGUUCCUCGUCCUGUUGCGACACCAGCUCCGCCUCCAAGUCGAGUGUCGAUGCCAACUCGAAGGCAUCGAAUGAUCUGAGCAUUCGCAUCGAUCCGCGUGAAUCGUUGGCAUAUCGUGCACUGGAUGAACACUUCCAGGUGGUUGACAGCGAACACACACCCAAACAACAGCCACAACAACAAACACUGCAAGUUCCCAAGUUUCAUGCUCGUCACGAACGGAAAUUAUUUGCCACGGAACUUAAGAACAUCCACAACACACCGUUCCUUUAACUAGUUUAAAUCACACAGCAAGCAGAAAACCGCCUUCGAGUCCAUCGCAUAACCAGCAAACUUUCCACAGGUUUUGGAUGUAUCAAUAGAACCGGACUCCACAUCCGAAUGCUGUGCUUGUGCCACUCAGCUUGACUUAAUCGUCGACCACUUGACGCGAUUAGACGAGCGCAUAAGUCGAUUGGAACGAUUACAACACUUUGAUUGAUUAAUACAAACACUAUGAUUGUAUUUAGUUAAUUGCUAAUAAUAAUAAUAAUAAAUAAUUUAAAUUAA